UAUGAUCCUCGUCACUAUAAUAGGAGAGGCGACGGAGAGAACGAGAGGGAGAGAGAGAGAGAGGAAGAAUGGAUUCCGAUUACGGCGUCCUAAGAGAGCUUUCAGAUCUCCAGAAGCUGCGCGCCCUCUACCAGCCGGGGCUCCCUCCAUGCGUUCAGGGCACGACAGUCAGAGUUGAGUUUGGUGAUGCAACAACCACAUCUGAUCCUGCUGGUGCACAUGUCAUAAGCCAAGCGUUCCCACACACAUAUGGGCAACCUUUGGCUCAUUUUUUAAGGCCAACAGCCAAAGUUCCUGAUGCACAGAUCAUAGUAGAGCAACCGGCUAUAAGGGUUGGUGUGGUAUUUUGUGGCAGACAAUCUCCAGGAGGACAUAAUGUUAUUUGGGGUCUUCAUAGUGCCAUUAAAUCUCACAACCCUAACAGUACAUUGCUUGGUUUUGUUGGUGGCACUGAAGGAUUAUUUGCAAAGAAAACAUUGGAAAUCACAAAUGAUAUCCUCUCAACAUAUCAAAACCAAGGUGGAUAUGACUUACUUGGUCGGACAAAGGAUCAAAUAAGAACAACUGAGCAAGUGAAUGCUGCAAUGUCUGCCUGUCAAGAAUUGAAGUUGGAUGGUCUUGUCAUUAUUGGAGGAGUUACCUCCAAUACUGAUGCUGCUCAACUUGCAGAGACAUUUGCUGAGUUGAAAUGUUCCACAAAGGUGGUUGGAGUUCCUGUAACCUUGAACGGGGAUCUAAAAAAUCAAUUUGUUGAGACAAAUGUAGGAUUUGACACAAUUUGCAAGGUCAACUCACAACUUAUUAGUAAUGUAUGCACAGAUGCUCUCUCUGCAGAAAAGUAUUAUUAUUUUAUUCGCCUGAUGGGCCGCAAGGCAUCACAUGUAGCCUUGGAGUGUACUCUCCAGUCACACCCAAAUAUGGUCAUUCUAGGUGAGGAAGUCGCAGCAUCAAAACUUACAAUUUUUGACAUUACACAGCAGAUCUGUGAUGCAGUCCAAGCCAGGGCAGAAAAAGACAAAUAUCAUGGUGUCAUCCUCAUCCCAGAGGGUCUUGUAGAGAGCAUACCAGAAUUAUACGCACUGCUUCAGGAAAUUCAUGGUCUUCAUCGUCGAGGAGUGUCUGUUGAGGAUAUUUCUUCUCAGCUUUCCCCAUGGGCAUCUGCACUGUUUGUUUUUUUGCCACCAUUUAUCAGGAAACAGUUGCUUCUGCAUCCAGAAUCUGAUGACUCUGCCCAGCUUUCCCAGAUUGAGACAGAAAAGCUUCUAGCUCAAUUGGUGGAGACAGAAAUGAAUAAGCGGUUGAAGGAAGGCACCUACAAGGGAAAGAAAUUUAAUGCAAUAUGCCACUUUUUCGGGUAUCAAGCUCGAGGGUCUUUACCAUCAAAAUUCGAUUGUGACUAUGCAUUUGUUCUUGGGCAUGUGUGCUAUCACAUACUGGCAGCCGGUUUAAAUGGUUACAUGGCAACUAUUACAAAUCUGAAAAACCCAGUGAAUAAGUGGCGAUGUGGAGCUGCUCCAAUUACAGCAAUGAUGACUGUGAAGCGUUGGUCACAUGGUCCUGGAGCCAUGCCAAUAGGAAAACCUGCCAUCCACCCUGCCACAGUUGAUUUGAAGGGAAAAGCAUACGAGUUGCUGAGGCGCAGUGCUUCAAGUUUUUUGAUGGAUGAUAUAUAUAGAAACCCAGGACCACUCCAGUUUGAUGGUCCAGGUGCAGAUGCUAAGGCUAUAUCAUUGUGUGUUGAAGAUCAAGAUUACAUGGGCCGGAUCAAAUUGCUGCAGGAGUAUCUAGAUAAGGUCAGGAGCAUUGUGAAGCCAGGAUGUCCGCAAGAAGUCCUGAAAGCAGCUUUAAGUUCUAUGGCCUCCGUGACAGAUGUGUUGUCUGUCAUGUCUUCUUCCUCGCUCAAUGGGUAGACACCCCUCUGAAACAACCAUUCUCACUGGAAGAUCUUACCAGGCUGCAUGUUUCCUUUUCCCUCUCCUUAAUCAGCUUUUCCAAACUCCUAAGGUUUAUUAGGAAGUACCUGAGAGUGAUUUGACUUUCUAAUGCUUCUAUCUCUUUUUCCAUUGUAUCCACCAAUUUUGACCAUAUGUCGCCACUCAUGAGCCCACACUUACAUAUCUGCUGGGAGCGGAAUAAAAGAACAAACAAUUUGGUUCA